GACCUGGUGAACCCCUGGUCACCAUCGCCCUCCGUCUCUAUUGGGUCCUGGUGAACCCCCGGUCACCAUCGCCCUCCCUCUCCGCUAAACCAUCGCCCUCCGCCUCCGCUAACCCGAGCUGCUCGCUGCCCAUGCUGCAGGUCUGCAAGUUCCAGGCGAGCGUGAAAUCCUUUCUAAACUUGGUAACUCUCUCGCUGGCGGCUUUGAAGCUUGUUUUCCAGCCGGCGUGGGCCCUGCUCUCCCUUCUUAAGGAGCAAGGCAGGGGAGGGAAGCACGGCGGCUCGCCGAAUCGCUCCUAUUACUUGCCGGAGUUGUGUAAGCCCUUUGGAAUUUGCUUUGAAAAACUAUCUGUGCUGAACCUGUUCUUGGCUCUGCUGCUGAGCUCCUUCAGCGCCGACAGCCUGGCGGCGUCCGACGAUGACGGAGAGAUGAACAACUUGCAGAUCGCCAUCGGCAGGAUCACCAGGGGGAUCGACUUCGUAAAGGCCUCUGUCCUGAUGCUGCUCCGCAGGCUGUGGAAGGGGAAGAAGGUGGCCCCGGAGGAAGAGCAGGAGCCCAAUAAGAGGGAGAACUCUGUGCUAAACCACGUGGACACGGGCCAGGAGCUCAAGUUGGAGUACCUGGACAGAGUCACUGGCAAAGAGCACUUCUUCAUGGAUGAACUGGACCACAUGAACUUCAUUAACAACCCCAACCUGACGGUGCAGGUCCCCAUUGCCUCGGAGGAGUCUGACCUCUACGAGGAGACCAGCACCCAGUCUGACACCGAAGAUGCCAAGAACCCCCUGUCCAGCGACAACGCCUCAUCCCUGUGCAGCACGGUGGACUACAAGCCCCCACUGCCCGUGGAGGAGGAGGUGGCGGAAGAGGCUGAGGAGAGCAAAGAGCCUGAGGAGUGCUUCACCGAAGGCUGCGUGAAGAGGUUCCCCUGCCUCUACGUGGACAUCACCAGCGACAGAGGCAAGGUGUGGUGGAACGUCCGGAAAACCUGCUUCUGCAUCGUGGAGCACGACUGGUUCGAGACCUUCAUCGUCUUCAUGAUCCUCCUCAGCAGCGGGGCGCUGGCUUUUGAGGACAUCUACAUCGAACAGCGGAAGGUGAUACGCACCAUCCUGGAGUACGCCGACAAGGUCUUCUCCUAUAUCUUCGUCAUCGAGAUGCUGCUCAAGUGGGUGGCCUAUGGCUUCAAGGUGUACUUCACCAACGCGUGGUGCUGGCUGGAUUUCCUUAUCGUCGAUGUUUCCAUUAUCAGCCUGACCGCGAACUGGCUGGGAUACUCCGAGCUGGGAGCCAUCAAAUCCCUGCGGACACUGAGGGCUCUGAGGCCGCUGCGCGCCCUGUCCAGAUUUGAAGGCAUGAGGGUGGUGGUGAACGCCUUGCUGGGCGCCAUCCCCUCCAUCAUGAACGUCCUGCUGGUCUGCCUCAUCUUCUGGCUGAUCUUCAGCAUCAUGGGGGUGAACCUCUUUGCGGGGAAGUACUACCGCUGCGUCAACACCACCACCGGGGAGCUCUUCGACAUCAGCGUGGUGAACAACAAGAGCGACUGCAUGGCCCUGCUCCACACCAACGAGGUCAGAUGGGUCAACGUCAAGGUCAACUUCGACAACGUGGGCUUGGGAUACCUCUCCUUGCUGCAGGUGGCGACCUUCAAAGGCUGGAUGGACAUCAUGUACGCUGCCGUGGACUCUCGCGAGAUUGAAGAGCAGCCAGUGUACGAGAUCAACCUCUACAUGUACAUCUACUUUGUCAUCUUCAUCAUCUUCGGUGCCUUCUUCACCCUGAACCUCUUCAUUGGUGUCAUCAUCGACAACUUCAACCAGCAGAAGAAAAAGUUUGGAGGCAAAGAUAUCUUCAUGACAGAAGAGCAGAAGAAAUACUACAACGCCAUGAAGAAGCUCGGCUCCAAGAAACCCCAGAAGCCCAUCCCCAGGCCAUCGAACAAGGUUCAAGGGAAGGUGUUCGACUUUGUCACCAAGCAAGUGUUUGACAUAACCAUCAUGAUCCUGAUUUGCCUUAACAUGGUGACCAUGAUGGUGGAAACGGACGAUCAAAGCGAACUCAAAACCUCUGUCCUCUACAAGAUCAACCUGGUCUUCAUCGUCGUCUUCACGGGAGAGUGCGUGCUCAAAAUGUUCGCCUUGCGCUACUACUACUUCACCGUCGGCUGGAACAUCUUCGACUUUGUGGUGGUCAUCCUCUCCAUCCUAGGUAUCGUCCUCUCGGACAUCAUAGAGAAGUACUUCGUGUCACCCACCCUCUUCAGGGUCAUCAGGUUGGCGAGGAUUGGCCGCGUCCUCCGGCUGAUCCGAGGGGCCAAAGGCAUCCGGACUCUCCUGUUUGCUCUGAUGAUGUCCCUGCCUGCCCUCUUCAACAUCGGCCUCCUGCUUUUCCUCGUCAUGUUCAUCUACUCCAUCUUUGGGAUGUCCAACUUUGCCUACGUAAAGAAGGAGGCCGGGAUCGAUGACAUCUUCAACUUUGAAACUUUUGGGAACAGCAUCAUCUGCCUCUUCCAGAUCACCACAUCGGCGGGGUGGGAUGGCCUCCUCAGCCCGAUCCUCAACAGCGGCCCUCCCGACUGCGACCCCGAGCUGGAAAACCCCGGCAGCUCAGUGAAAGGGGACUGUGGCAAUCCCUCCAUCGGCAUCUUCUUCUUCUGCAGCUACAUCAUCAUCUCCUUCCUCAUCGUGGUGAACAUGUACAUCGCCAUCAUCCUGGAGAACUUCAACGUGGCCACGGAGGAGAGCAGCGAACCCCUCUGCGAAGACGAUUUCGAAAUGUUUUACGAAACCUGGGAGAAGUUUGACCCGGACGCCACCCAGUUCAUUGCGUACAGCACCUUGUCUGACUUUGUAGACACCUUGCAGGAACCGCUCAAAAUUCCCAAGCCGAACAAGAUCAAGCUCAUCACCAUGGAUCUCCCGAUGGUCGCUGGGGACAAAAUCCACUGCCUGGAUAUCCUCUUUGCGCUGACUAAGGAAGUGCUGGGAGACUCGGGAGAGAUGGACGCCUUGAAAGCCACCAUGGAGGAGAAGUUCAUGGCCGCGAACCCCUCCAAGGUUUCCUACGAGCCCAUCACCACCACUUUGAAAAGGAAACACGAGGAAGUCUGUGCCACAAAGAUCCAGAGGGCUUUCCGGAGGUACCUCCUGCGGCGCUCGGUGAAGCAGGCGUCCUACAUGUACCGGCACAGCAAGGACGAGGACGAGCCCGAGAAGGAAGGUCUGAUCGCCACCAAAAUGCACGAGAUGUACGGGAACGGUGGGACAGAUGUGGAGACGGGCCCUGCCUUCAGCCUUGCACCCAUUCCCAGCCCAGAGACUCCAGAUGCUCCUGGCGAAGCAAAAGCGAGGGAUAAGGAACGCGUGGUGAAGGAGUCGCUGGUAUAA